AUGACUACGAAAAAUGUGUUUGUGUUUGUGCCCAUGGCGUGCAAAAUUUACAGUGAAGAUGUUAAAUUUGUUAGCGAGAAUUUGAAUGCAGCGAGGGCAUGCAUUUCUAACGAGAUUCUUGGGAUCAAAAGCGACCUGCUAUCUGUGUAUUUAAUGAAUCUGGUUUUGUACAAGGAGAUGAGCGAAGAAGAACGAAUUGGAAGUCCCAUUACGGAGAUGCUUUUGAAGACAAGCAUUCUUCUGGAGAAGGUGUGCCAGAUGGAAAAGAGAGCAAGGAAAGUUAGUGAAUCAAGAGACACUGUGGAAGUAGAAGUGGAAGCGAAUGUAGAAGAGGAGAAGAGAAGGGUUAUUAGCGAGGAGAUGAAACGAAACAAGUUUGUGAAAAAAAGGAAACAUGAGGAUAGGAAUCCCAAAUUGAAGUACAGAAACAAGGCAAGAAAACUUGCAGAAAAAGCUGAGGUUAGGCAUGAUGGAAAUAUAGAUGUCAAGAAGAAUGGUGGAAGUAAGCUUAAGUAA